AUGCACUCCUCUUUUAAUGAGGUCUUAACUGAUGGGCCAGAGGUUGAAAGCCCACCCAUCGCCAAGGACCGAGGGAGCCCACCCAUCGCCAAUGACCGAGGGAGCCCACCCAUCGCCAAUGACCGUGGGAGCCCACCCAUCGCCAAUGACCAUGGGAGCCCACCCAUCGCCAAUGACCGAGGGAGCCCACCCAUCGCCAAUGACCGUGGGAGCCCACCCAUCGCCAAUGGCCGAGGGAGCCCACCCAUCGCCAAUGACCAUGGGAGCCCACCCAUCGCCAAUGACCGAGGGAGCCCACCCAUCGCCAAUGACCGUGGGAGCCCACCCAUCGCCAAUGGCCGAGGGAGCCCACCCAUCGCCAAUGGCCGAGGGAGCCCACCCAUCGCCAAUGACCGAGGGAGCCCACCCUGGCCAUAUCACAGUGACAGCCUAACCAAGGCCAGGGUGGGACAGGACAGGACAGAGAUGGCUGGCCCUCCUGAAAAUCCAGGCCCUCUUGGAAACCCUGGACCUCUUGGAAACCCUGGACCUCUUGGAAACCCAGGCCCUCCUGAAAAUCCAGGCCCUCCAGGAAACCCAGGCCCUCCAGGAAACCCUGGCCCUCCAGGAAACCCUGGCCCUCUUGGAAACCCUGGCCCUCUUGGAAACCCAGGCCCUCCUGGAAACCCUGGCCCUCCAGGAAACCCAGGCCCUCCAGGAAACCCUGGCCCUCCAGGAAACCCUGGCCCUCCUGGAAACCCAGGCCCUCCAGGAAACCCUGGCCCUCCAGGAAACCCUGGCCCUCUUGGAAACCCUGGCCCUCUUGGAAACCCAGGCCCUCUUGGAAACCCAGGCCCUCCAGGAAACCCAGGCCCUCCAGGAAACCCUGGCCCUCCAGGAAACCCUGGCCCUCCUGGAAACCCAGGCCCUCCAGGAAACCCUGGCCCUCCAGGAAACCCUGGCCCUCUUGGAAACCCAGGCCCUCCAGGAAACCCAGGCCCUCCAGGAAACCCAGGCCCUCCAGGAAACCCUGGCCCUCCAGGAAACCCUGGCCCUCCUGGAAACCCUGGCCCUCCUGGAAACCCUGGCCCUCUUGGAAACCCAGGCCCUCCUGGAAACCCAGGCCCUCCAGGAAACCCAGGCCCUCCAGGAAACCCUGGCCCUCCUGGAAACCCUGGCCCUCCUGGAAACCCUGGCCCUCCUGGAAACCCAGGCCCUCCUGGAAACCCUGGCCCUCUUGGAAACCCUGGCCUUCUCGCAACCAACCUCACCACACCUCGCCACACCACAUCACACCACGCCUCGCCACACCACACCUUGCCACACCACACCUCGCCACAUCACACCACGCCACACCUCGCCACCCCACAUCACACCUCUCCACACCACACCUCGCCACACCACACCUCACCACAUCACACCACGCCACACCACACCUCGCCACACCUAGCCACGCCACACCACACUGACUAA